CUCGUGCUUUCGCCCGGCCCGCUCCCCUCCGUUCGCUUCCCUUCAUCUUUCCUCUGCUCCCUCCCUUAGUUCUUUUCCCCUCGCGGAACACCCCACGCUUUAGGAGACACUCCACACCUUCACCAUGGCGUCGGAGAAGAAGGCGAACAACCCGAUGAGGGAGAUCAAGGUGCAGAAGCUCGUGCUCAACAUCUGCGUCGGCGAGAGCGGCGAUCGCCUCACGCGCGCGGCCAAGGUGUUGGAGCAGCUCAGCGGUCAAGUGCCCGUCUUCUCCAAGGCGCGUUACACGGUGCGGUCGUUCGGCAUUCGCCGUAACGAGAAGAUCGCGUGCUACGUCACGGUGCGCGGCGAGAAGGCGCUGCAGCUCAUCGAGAGCGGCCUCAAGGUGAAGGAGUUCGAGCUGCUUCGCCGCAACUUCAGCGAGACCGGCUGCUUUGGGUUCGGUAUUCAGGAGCACAUUGACCUGGGGAUUAAGUACGACCCGUCCACGGGCAUCUACGGCAUGGACUUCUUCGUCGUGCUCGAGCGGCCCGGCUACCGUGUGUCGCGGCGGCGACGCGCCAAGUGCCGCGUGGGCAUCCAGCACCGCGUGACCAAGGAGGACGCGAUGAAGUGGUUCCAGGUGAAGUACGAGGGCGUCAUCCUCAACAAGGCGCACGCGCAAAUCGGCAUGUAGGCACCACACUGGUGCACGCACCGGGAGGCUGGAUGCUAAGUAGAGGUGGUGACAAGGAGGAUUGAGCUAGGGAGCAAGUUGGUGGUCGGCCUGGCUUGGCUGGAAUGGUUGUUAGAUGGCACCUGCGUGCUGCUUCUUUGUUGCUCACAAUUGUGCAAUGAGAAUCAAUUUACUGAUGUGCCAGAUCCGUGACAUGCUUGUGUACCAUGGUCAUAUUUACUGGCAAAUACACCUCAAACUGUUGG